AUGAGUAGUUUUGCAUAUGAUAAUGUAAGCGAAAGCAAAAAACAAAGCCCACAAGGAACACAACAACUAUCAACAGAGCAAGAAUAUAAAAGCAACAACAAUGCAAAGACGCCAACUACUACUGAAACAAAAGCAACAGCAACAACUAACAUUACAAUAGACGAUAAUAGUGUUAAAAAGACAAACGAAAACGAGAACAAAAUUGCAACAAUAAGCAAAUUGACAACAACAGCAAGCCAUUUUAUUGAGAACUAUGAAAAACACAAUGUACACCAAGCCGAAACUGCAAUUCCACAAUCUUCGAAGUCAUCACCGACAUCAGCGUUGUUAACUUCUGGCUCAGUUAUGACACCAGGUGAUACCGAACUGCCAUUGCAACAGCAGGAUCGAAAACCAGAAAACACAACAACUGCAUCAGAUGAGGAAAAUCCAUCAUUACAGCCACUCAUAUCCGAAAUCCCAACGGAUGAUACAUUGGACACAAGGAGUCGGCAGCGAAUUGAGUAUGAGGAUGUUAAUGAAAUGUUGCCGUCAAUUGUUUCAUCGGGAUUAUCAACACCUUCGAGAACAACAGUAGCAUUACCAUCGUCACCAUUAGCGUCUCUACCUUUGGAUUUAAGUCCUAAGUUGGAAACUCAUUUGCCGCAUAUCUCCAGUGAGCCGACUUUUGGAGUACAAUUGCGUAAAAAGCAACUGCAACAAGUGGAAGAAGAACAAGAUAAAAAAGAGCCGGCGGCAGACAACACUGUGCCAUACUAUAGCAGUGCAAUUAAAUCGGGUACUGUGAGUGCCACCGCCUCGCCGAACAUGGUGCGAAAAUCAUCGGAUGGUUCUGUUUCUCUUCCACGUCGUGUAUCAUUUCCUAAAAGCGACAACGAAUUAGUUACCGGAUAUUUAGAGCCAGCGAAUCCUUGGGAACAUGUUUGUUUGGUCAAAAGCAUUUCGGAAAUUGCUGAACUGUAUAUGACAUCAUGCCACAAGCACAAUACAAAGCCAUUACCAUGUAUAUUGGAUCAUUUGAAGGCGGUGGAUCUGACGAAACAGUUGAGACAACCAUUACUAUCUCUCAAGUCAACACAAUUGGCGCCAAGUGAUUGCGAAGCAUUGGAAGAAGUUCUCAAAAGGGUCCAAUACAAAUCCAUAGAUGUUUCCGAUUGUAAGCUAAAUGAAACGGCAGCCAGUGCACUCUUUGAAAUUAUUGAAUACUAUGAGGCUACUAAUGAACUAGAUAUAUCAUCGAAUGCCGCCGGAAUGACACAUAGAGGUUGGCAGUCGUGCACAUACAUGAUUAGUCACAGUCAGGAACUGCAGGUGCUGAAUGCUGAGGGUAAUCCCAUUACAAAAAUCAGUGCUGACCACUUGGGCAAUGCGCUCAACACAUCAAAUUUGCAUACAUUGAAAUUGGAACACUGUGGUCUAAAAGGAGCGCCGUUAAGCAGUUUGUGUUUCAAACUUUGGCAUAAUAGAACUUUAAAGGAGCUGUGGAUAGCCUACAAUGACUUGGAUUGUAAUGAUGCCGAUACCAUAGCAGAGAUGUUGAAGGUUAAUCAUUACUUGGAAUUAAUUGAUAUAAGCAACAACAAUAUUGGGGACGACGGUUUGCGCCACAUAGUUCUGUCGUUGAUUAUGCAGUCGAAAGAAUUGGAAAGACGAACGACAUUUCAGCGGGCCGCUGCCAUUGACGACGACGAAAGUAUGUCACCGUUUGAUACAUCUGCACCGGCUGAUCUGUGCGAUGGAAAGGAAAUGGGCGAUUGGGACACCAAAAUUGAGAAUCAGCCUAUAUUGAAGACUGAAUGCGACGUUGACACUGAGGCGAAGUUUAAAAAUCAACUAACUAAAAUUGAUGAACAACAUAGUGUUAUCGGUAGUUGUGAACAAAGUGACAUUGAGGUAAAACAUGAAAUCGAACCUAGACCAGUGUCAUCAUUUAAGCCGCCUUUGAUAUCAACGGUGGGUUCAACGAUUGAAGAAAUUGAUCCGGACGAGGAUACAGAUGAUACUGUGCGGACAAGUACACUCAAAGGCAAUUCGCAGGCGUCAGUUGGCGGCCAAUCCAUGCUUGACAAACUACUUUCAAUGAAUAGUGAAAGUAGUAGUGAAGAUGGGGUUUCCAACAUUUCCACCGACACACUGGCUGCAUGCUGUUCCGAAGAUGCUAGUCUUAUGAGUGAUGAUGUGUUUGACAUUGCAGCUACAGUAUCUGCAAAAACGACUAUAACAACAUCAAACACAUUUGUUAAGUGUCCAAACGACACGGAUUCGGAAAUAAGCGAGGGAACUACGGAGAUUUCAAGUCUUCUCUCAAAUCCUGCAGCGAAUAAAGUGUCCAUAGAAUCAUCACCGAAAGAUGCAGAAGCUGACAGAAGAGGUCUCAUUACAUCACCUUCGACGAAUGUUUCGAGUUCGGGCCUAAUUGAACCAUCUGUCAUUCCCAUUUGCAAUGUCAAGUUAGAUGCACAAACAUCAACUCAGUCCCCCCUUGUAAAUAAUUAUGUAAGCAUUAAUAACAACAAUGACAUCAGCAGCGAUAACAACAAUUUAAAUGUGACUUCGGUACCUGUACAAAAUACAUCGUCCACAAUCUUCUCGGGCAGUUCGCUGGAGAAGAUAUCAUCACCGACUUCGGUAACAGCAAAUGUCGAUAUUUACGAAGUGAAGGCGGAAGAAAGGAACUGCAGGCAAAGUGACGCCGGCAGUGUUGUGUGCAUUUUAAGUGGAGAAGCGCAGGGAAAUUCUGAACCUGCCAAUUCAAUGCAACAUCAUGCUGCUACCAAAGCGUUAGAUGUAAAUAAGAACACCAAGUUUGGAGAAGACUUCGACGACACUCACAGUACAGAUUCAGCGUUCGAAAGUGCCUCGGAAGGUGAUAUAAGUCGUCAUCUGCCUGAAGAGUUUACCCGCCUGUCAGCAUCCCUAGAAAGUACCCGUCUGGAUGAUCUAGCCAAAGAAUUUUCCAUAGAGACAGCAACUAUAGCUUCAGAGUCUAAUGAAUGUUUAAUUGCAGCCGCAGCCAGUGUGACGCCAUCUUCUACGCCAACUCCACAAAAAACGCAGUUUAGUCAGAUCUCAACGCCCGUUUCGGAGAGGGAGCGUCCAGUAGCUGAAGCAGUCAAGUCGGACACCUGUCUUUCUACCUCCCUGCCCGUUUCCGAAACUGUUCUACCACCUACGAUACAAGUGGAAUUUGGUGCUUUGGGUGAGCCCACGGCAUCGCCAAUAGUACAUGAGUUUCGGGACAAAAUACCAAAGGUGACAAUUGCCCAAGACAGUAUAUCACAGAAAAGCAAAGCGACUAGCUUAAUUAGUACAAGUCCAAGUCAAACUCCUCCACCACCGUCAACAUCUCCCGGAGGAGUUAGUAGCGGCUUAAGGCGCACUGAAUCAACAUGCGCCUUCUUGACACAAUCCACACGGAAUCGCUCCCAGAGCACUGACAGCUUGUGCAGUGACAAUUCUUUAGAUGGAAGUAUUGGUAGUGGUGAUCUGAACUUCUCAUCUUCGGUUCAACUUAAUGAAAAACUCACCAAGAAUGACACUCUUACGAGGCAACAGCGGCAACUAGAAUCAACCGGAGAGACGAGCACUAGGGCGCCAGGUGGACUCAAGGCUCUUGCCUUGUGGAACAACAAUCUUACGAAGGAGGCAGGUUCUUCCAUUUCUGAUCUGCUGGCAGAGACGGUGUCACUAGAAUUGCUUAACAUAGGAAAAAAUUGUCUAACGAAUGAGUUCGUUUCCACAAUAAAGGACAGUCUAACUAAAAACACAACAUUAACCACUUUGGGCCUUCAGAGUGCUGAGCUUAGCGCCAACGGCAUCGAAACACUGACAUCCAUAAUGACAUUCGGCGGCAACAGCACGUUGCAGCGCAUUGACAUACGUGGUAACAAGGUGGAAGUUGACAGUUUGUCAAAAAUAGCAGAAGUUUUGAAAUCAAAUACAACCGUCACUCAAAUCGAUAUAGACGAUGAGCCAAAGCGUUUGUCUGUGGGCAGUGAAGCACAUUUGGACUAUGCCCGGGUAUUAGAAAACGUCCGCUCUAUGUGCGCCCGCAACGAAAAAACUCAACAACAGGAGAAACCCUCAAUUAAUCCCAUGAGUAGGCGCAAGGGUGGUUACUACUUGGGCUCUAGAAAGAUAUCAUUGACUUGUCAUAGCAGACCUGUGGUCGACACCAGUAAUCCAGUUGUCGUAACGUGUUCGGCAACGGCAAACAAUAAGUUGGAGGUUAAACGUAAACCAGGCACACGUUUACGCUCACCUGUUCCCAGCCCAACAACAAUAUCGCCAUCUUCGUCACCCAACCGUUCCAGCAGAUUUCAGGUAUUCCGUGUGGCCGAGGUCAGCCCUUUGACUUCACCAAGCAUACAAAACCAAGUCACGGGUGGACUCGCAGCUACAAAAGCCAUGUCCAGCAGUAGUGUAUUUAUACAGUCAGUAUCUUCGGAUGCAGGAUCUAAAGAUGCCACUUAUCCGAAUUUGACAUCAACAUCGCUGCCAACAUCUUGUUCCUUGCCGUCUAUGGCGACGAUUUCAUCGUCGACACAGUCCAUCAAACGAUUGUCGGUUUCACCCCGUUCCAGGUUUCUAGUACGCAAGGUUUACGAGGACCCCAACGUGCCACUGUCUAGUCGGGCAAUACCUCCGAUAACACCUCCCAUUAAUCCCCCACCAACACCUAUGUCCAAGAAUUUAAAUGAUAGUGUAAAGCAUGCGCAAGAGGCUACCACCACCACGACUGUGAAAGCAGACAUGGACGAUAACAAAUUGCAGCAACUGCAUGCUAGAAAUUCCACACAGUCCCACUCCAUUACUUGCCAUGAAGUCUCUCCUACUCCUUUGUCGUUUCAAACGAACCAACAGCAACAAGAAAGCAAUACAACCACCGAUUCUUGCGCAACGUCGAUUAUGAAAGUCAGAGGGCUUUCUCAAGCACCACAACAACAAAGUGAACAAAGUACAAAUGCAACAAAAUCACUAGCAAUGAAUUCAGCGAAUCCUGAAUGUAGUCAGAGUGCAGUAAUUCAGCAAUCUCCAUCUAUUUUAUCAACACUUUCAACGUUAUCAUCUUCGUCAACAACUUCCGACUCCUCCUCGUCGUUAUCAUCAUCAUCGGUAACUUCGUCAUCUUCUUCAUCAUCGUCAUCUACAUCACCCGCCAGUAAUAUAGACAGUUCAGAUUCCUCGUCGUCGGUGCACUCGGCCGAGCACGUAUAUCCGAACGUGGACCCUCAAGAUUUGACUAUUUCUGGACAGUGUCCAAUCGCAGUGUUUGGUGACAAUGAUAUAACGCUCACUAAGAAUACCGUCAAUGAAGCGCUUGUAACAGCAGCUGUUGCCGUUGCUAGAGAUAAUACGAACAGUUCUUCAGCAGAAGACAUGGCGGUUCCACAGACAGCACACCAACAGCGUGUGCGCAAAGUUUCAUGGAUUGCAAAUCCCACAGCUGUUGAUAAACUAUUGACACUAUUCCAUAAUCCAUUUCAGCGUAGCUCUUCACCAGAAUCGAAAGGCGUCACGAGUACACCAGUGACUUCUUCAAUGGUACCGCCACAGUAUAGUCAAGCGACAUUGGAACAAUGCACUUUGGAACAACAUCAAUCGGCAACAUCAAAAACGCUUAUGCCUUUAAGAAAACAGUCACCACCAUCAUGGUCCAAACUGGGUACAGAUAUGUUAAUUGCUGCCAACAGCAGUAAUGCAGACUUGGCAAAUAUUGUGGCGACCACAGCUGCGGCCGUCGUUACAGAACAAUCAAGAUCGUUCUUGGAUGCAGCCUCAAAACAAUUUCGCGACUUCAGUAAACAAGUGUUUCGUCAAAAUUUAUCAUUUGGCAACGAGUCAGUCACCACAGCAUCGACUACGACAAUAACAUCGUCUACUGUUAACAAUCCCAAUAGUGGAGAUCCAGAAAUGGGCAGCACGUUGCAGAGUAAUAGCGGUGCUGCCGCAUGUGGCGUCACAAGUUCCUGUUCCAUCGCACCAUCAUGUUACGCGAUCGAAUGCAAUGUCGACUCGCUACCCACCGAAGUAAAACAAAAAAUAAAAGAAAAUAUUUCUCCCGAGCACACAAUUAACGAAGAGACAUUGCAUGCAAUGCAAAAAAUGCAAGACAGCCUAACGACACCAACUGCGUCAGUAACACCACCUCCACCGCCCGAAUGUAAAUAUGAUAGCGAAAAUUUCGUUUCCAAGGACACCCAAACAGGAAGCGAAACCAGUGGCAUAAGACGUGCCGUAUCUGCACACUUGGCCAAGUGGAUACAGAGACCAUUGCAGGACGAACCAGACAAUUGA